UUAUAUAUACAUCAAGUAGGUUGUAUAUAUAUUACAUACAAUUAUAUAUAGACAUACACAUACGCUUGUCAGAUUAUAUAUCACAGAUUCUCUUCAUCAUAAUACUCUCACUACCUCUCCACUUUCCGACAACUCACAUAAAUGGCUUUUUCCCGGCAAAUAACCGACGGCAAGAUCGCUGCCUCAACUACCGUGACUAAGAAGUCCGAUGUUCCUACUCCGCGGCCAAACUGCUGCUUCACGUGCCUUACGAAACUCAUCAGAAAACUGAAGAGAAAGGGGAGGUUACUGGUGUCGGCGACGGCUGCUCGGAGACAGGGGAGUUCGCUGCAAUGGCGGUACGAUCCAAUGAGCUAUUCACUGAACUUUGACGGUGGCGCGUGUAGUAAACUUCCCGAUGAUGAGGAUUAUUAUUUCCGGUUCUAUGCGUUUUCUUCCAGAUACGUUACUACUAGUAUUACCAAAACGAGACCACCAUUUACUCGUGAAACUCUCUCUACCAGUUCACAUGAAUUCGCGUAAACUUAUUUGUCGUUCACUCGUUUGACCUAUUUCAACAAAAAAGCGGUUAGAGCUCAUUAUUCUUUGUUACUAUUCUCUACAUUAAACUAUUGGAGUCCGAAGUGUUAUAAAUAGUCUUGUUUUUAGAUUGCUAAAUAGAGCUCAUUGUAUUUGGUAUUUUAAUUAGUUCGUAUAUUUAAAUCAGU